AUGAGCCGCGGCAAUGAAUUGGACGACUUGCUUUUCAAAAGAAGAGAUUAAAACUCAAAAUAGGGCGAAGACUUGAAAUAGAUUAUAGAGAAUAUCCCUUAUCCUCAUGCAGAUAUAACGAUAACCUCUUAUAGUGAAUUCUCUGACAACACACCAUAAAAAUAUCUCCAUAAAUUAGUGCAUACAGAAAAUACAGAGGUUUAACCUCAGAAGUUUAGGCGACAUCGAAGUCUCGUAGGAGAUGCCUUUGCAACUGAUAGCGAAGUUGAAUAAAGGGAAUUGAAAUCCCAAAAAGUGGAUUAAAAAAGAAAACCUCUUCAAUAAUAACCAAUAAACCAACAGGAAAUUAAACCUCCUUUGGUACCUCAACAAUAAUAGCAAUUAUAAGAUUUCUAUGCAUCGGGAGGAUCUUACUUGGAAUCAAUGACUCCAUAACGAAUGAACAAGAUUGUAGAUUGGUCAAAAUAACAUGUAACACCAGGUGAUGCUAAAAAUAUCUUUCCACAAGUAAUAGCUCCAAGCAUUGAGUUUUCGAAUGAAAAUUCUCUAUCUCUGUAAUUUAAAAACGUCGAUCCAGAACCAAAGAAGCCAUAAAUUCUGUCUCAUUAAAAUCAAAAUAAUUAAAACUCUCGACUUGAAAAUAGAAUCUGGGAAAAGUAGAAAAGGUACAUGGAGAGUGAAAUUCAAGGAAUGAAGAAGCAAUAAAGAAAAUUAGAGAAUGAAAAUUUAGUAUUAGCUUAAAAGCUUGAAGAAUAGGAAGAGAUAACUAAAUUACUUUAAGAAAAACAUAAGGAUUAUUCAUGUUUAGAAAUAUUACGAGGUAAAUAUCUAGAAGUGGCGAAGUAGUAAAUGAAAUAAUUGAAGUAAUAAUUGGAAUUGAAAGAUUAGAAAUUAAAAGACUUAAAUGAAUAAACUAAAGGAAUGAUUGAAAAUGAAAAAAGAAUGCAAGAGGCCAUAGAAUUAGAACUAAGAGAAUUACAUGCUUAAUUGGACAUCAAGGAUCAAAUGGUCAGAGCACUUAAAAACCAAUAAAACAAUGAAGACAAUGAGAGAUAAAAGGCUUUACAAGAAUAUGAGAAAACUAUGAGUGAUGGCAAUAAAUUCAUUUCAAAACUAAAGAGUUAAAUUGAAACUUAAAUGAAAGCCUUAGAAGAGAAAGAAUCAAUCAUCACAUCAUAGGAUGCCUAGAUAUAAAAUUUAUAAGUCAGGCUUUUAAAGGAAGCUGAGUAUAGAAAGUAAGAUGAAAAAGUGAUUAAUGAAUUCAAAUCUAAAGAAGCAUUGCUUUACUAAUAAGUGACUGGAAAUACUAUGCCAGAAGUACAUAAUAGGGCUAUGGAAGAACUGUAAGCAGAGUGCAUCAAUUAAAAGAUUUUAAUUUCUUAGCUGCAAAGUUAAUUAACCUAAUAGAUGUAAAUGCAUCAACUAUAACAUAUGACUUCCAAUUCUUAUAAGGAAUGUGAGCAAUGCAAAUUAUGCAAGGAUGAAUUAGCAAAUAUCAUAUAAGAAUGUUCUCUGGAAGAGGAAGCUAAAACAAUAGAUGCUACUUAAAGUAUUGCUCAGAUUGCCAGGGAAGUUGUUACUUUGUUAUUAACUAAGCAGAGGGAACAAAUAGAUCAUGCCUUUUUAUAAUAUGAAGAAUAAAUUAAAGAGUAGGCUUAAUAAAUUGAUUAUUUUAAGGAGUAAAAUGAUGAGGUUAUGCAAGAGAAUCAAAAGAUUUCUGAUUAAAUUUAAAUAGUGUUGGAGAAGAAAGAAGAAUAAGAAUAAUAAAUAUUCGAAGAGUAUGAAAAACUAAGAUAAAUUAAUUAAAAUCUUUUGUCUGAAAAUAAAACUCUUAAAUUAGAAUUGGAAUAACAUAAAUAAUAAUUAAGAAAUGAAACCUAAGCUCAUUCUAAUGAAAUCUAAUAGUUGAAGCAUGAAAUUUAAAUUAAUAAGUAAUCCCUCUUGCAGGCUAAAUAAAAUGAAUCAAAAUUAGUUGUUCAACAACAAAGCUAAUUAAAAUGUGAAGAAAAGAUAUUGAUUAAUUAGGAAAUGGAAAAUAUGAAAAUUGUUUUCUAAAAUUAAAUACAAGAGCUAUAUAACAAGCUUCACAAUCAAGAUGAAUAAAUUUAAGAAUUGACCAAAGAAUUAUACACAAAAAAAAAAUAAAUUGAUGAAAUGCAAUAAUAAUAGUCAUCCAUUAAGAAGCAAAGGAAAGAAAAAGAACAGAAGGAAAGCAAAGAACAAACAUAGCUUAAGACUUAUGCUCAAUAAUUAAGCGAUCUUAAUGAUGAGAAAAGUAAAUUAUUACAAAAGAUUUAACAUCUUGAACAAUAAUAAACUUAUUAAACUAAAAGAUUAGACGAAGAGAAACAUGAUAAAUUGGAAAAAUUAAAUUAAUAAAUUAAAGAAAAGGACAAAAAGAACAUAGAUCUUUAUAAUUAAAAUAGAACUCUUUAAACUUUAUAAAAAGAGCUUGAUGAUUAAAUUUCAUCAAUGAAGGAUGAGAUUGAGAAAUAAAAAAAAUAAAUUCAACUAAAAAAUUCAGAAAUUAAAUAGUUAUUAGAGUAGAAUAAAUAGUUACAAGACAAGAAUUAAGAAAUUAAUAAUAGAUUAAGUAUUCUCCAAUAGUAAAUGAAUUAAUUUGAAAAUGAAAUUAAACAUUAUGAAUAGAGUCCAUAAAUACCAGAAAAAUUAAGAUCCCAGGCUUCAGUGAGAAGCUUUGAUAAAACUCCUCAUGCUGUCAUAGAAUUAGUUGAAGGGUUCAACUAAUACUAAUAGGAGUUUUACCAUUUAAAGAAGAUGUUUACUGAGAAGUUAAAGGCUUAAGAAUAAAAUCUGUUGUCUCUGUAAUAAACGAAUCAGUAAAUUACGUAGUAAAAUCUGAAAUUGAUUCAAGAAAAUAAUGCUUUGAAGGAUGAAAUAUCAUCAGCUAGCCAUGGCAAAAAUUAUGAAGAUAGAGGAUCAGCUUAAACUGGGGAUUCUCUUAACAUUCGUUCCUUUUUGGAUCAAGAUCACAAAAAAACACUUCCAUGCAAAUCACCUGAAUAGCACUUUUCUAUUGUUGAAUUGGUCUAGCCAGAAAUUAUGUCUAUUGAAGAUACAAUUAUGAUUUUCAAAGAGAUUUUAAGAAGGUCAGUCAAAUCUGUAGAAAUGAUUAAAAUGAUUUGUCCUUUACCUGAAAUUAAGGAAUUAUUGAUGAUCAUUCUAUAAGUAGAAGAAAAAAUGCAAUAGCAAAGUUAGGUUACUGCAAAUAAAAAGUCAAAAAUCAUAAAUUCAAUUUUGGGAGCAUCAAAUAUAAAACUGAUAGAUUAAUCAAGGAAAAAGAGUGCCUGUGGAGGGAUGAGGGUUAAACAAAGUCAUAGAAGUGAAACAGGAGUAAUUGAAUUUUAUGAAUGA